UUUCCUGGUUUAAUUUAGCAUUCUACAUUAUUCCGGCAUCGAACUGGCAUUAAUUUAAAAUGAGAAACUAAGCUCGAACCGAAAAAGACUAAUUAUGUAAAAAAUUAGAAAAAAAUAUACAAUUUCAGCACACCGUCAUAAAUGUAUCUCAUAGGAGUGAAUAAAAGUGCAAUCAGACUUUAAUGUAGAAUUUGCCGGUUGUAAUAUUGUAUGCGAAAUGUUUUCUAGUUUGUGAUGCAUAAUUAACCGGUGCAAAAGGAAAAAAAAAGUUGGAACCCGGUUAACUGUCUUAGUGGGUUUACAGUAAAAAUCGGGAUUUUCCCGGUCUAAUUUCCUUAACCGUUUUAUAUUGGCGCUAUAAAUAAAAAUUCGAGGUUAAAAAAAAGGGUUUCUCCUCUUCGCCUGAAUAAGACUUUCGUCAUCGCCAUGGCCGCCGAUGAGUUGAUGCCGACUCACAAGUCGCACAGGGCUCCCAAAUCAGGUCGUACCAUGAAGAAGAAAUCCGAAACCGACAAGAAGAAACGUGGCGUCUCCGAUAACAAGAAGCAAAACCCUAAAGCGUUUAGCUUUACAUCGGCUGCUAAGGCGAAGAUUUUGAAGCUUCACGCUGCGGAGAAGGAACAGAAACGAAUUCAUCUUCCGACUAUUGAUCGUAAUUACGGCGAUCCUCCUCCUUUCGUCGUCGUUGUUCAAGGUCCCCCAGGGGUCGGAAAGUCUCUUCUGAUUAAGUCCCUUGUGAAGCACUUUACACACCAGAAUGUACCGGAAGUUCGAGGACCUAUUACCAUUGUACAAGGUAAGAGGAAUCGGAUACAGUUUGUGGAAUGUCCUAAUGAUAUCAAUGGGAUGGUGGAUUGUGCCAAGGUUGCUGAUCUAGCUAUUCUUCUCAUAGACGGGAGUUAUGGUUUUGAGAUGGAAACCUUUGAAUUCCUCAAUAUUAUGCAAGUGCAUGGAUUUCCCAAAGUUAUGGGAGUCCUCACACACCUGGAUAAGUUCAACGACGUAAAGAAGCUAAGGAAAACAAAAAAACGUCUCACGCAUCGUUUUUGGACCGAAAUAUACAAAGGAGCUAAAUUGUUUUAUUUAUCUGGUCUCAUUCAUGGGAAGUAUUCAAAACUUGAAGUUGACAAGCUUUCCUGCUUUAUAUCUUUAUCUUUAACCAAGUUUCAUCCAUUGAAGUGGCGAACGUCACAUCCUUAUGUGUUGGCUGAUCGUAUGGAAGAUGUUUCACCGCCUGAGAAAGUUCAGAUGGAUAAGAAAUGCGAAAGGAAUAUCUCAUUGUAUGGUUACCUACGUGGUUGUAACUUAAAAAAAGGGAUGAAGGUUCAUAUUGCUGGAGUUGGUGACUAUAGUUUAGCCGGGGUGACUGCCUUACCUGAUCCUUGUCCUUUACCCUCAGCUGCCAAGAAGAAGGGUCUGCGGGACAGAGAAAAACUUUUCUACGCUCCUAUGUCCGGGAUCGGAGAUCUUUUGUAUGACAAAGAUGCUGUUUAUAUUAACAUAAAUGAUCAUCUUGUUCAGUACUCUAAAGCCGAUGAUGAAAUUGGAGAUCCUACUAAUAAAGGAAAGGGAAGGGAUGUAGGUGAAGAUUUGGUGAAGUCGUUGCAGAACACAAAAUAUUCUGUUGAUGAGAAGUUAGGGAAGACGUUCAUCAAUUUAUUUGGCAAAAAGACUAUUUCCACCAGCUCAGAAAGAAAACUUGAGGAAGAGUCAUCAGAGUCAGGUGAUGAAGCUGAAGAUUGUGUAAUGGAUGUAGAGAGCAGCGAUGGUAAAACAAAGCAGAAAAAUGAGAUCCAUGGUGGACGGUUGAGGAGGAAAGCUAUCUUCAAAGAUGAAGUUGGCGAUAGUGAUGCAAUGGGCUCAGACCAAGAUGAUGUUGAGGGAGAAGAAGAUGUUGAAUCUGACGGUGAUGAAUCUGAAGACGAAGAAGAUGACUCUGCGUCUGACUCGCAGGACUUAGAUGAAGAUGAUGUCCAGGAAGCAGAAGAUAAGGUCCUUGGUAACAUAUCAAAAUGGAAAGAACCCUUAAAGGAGAAGGGCAGAGAGAAGAAACCCAACUUGAUGCAAAUUGUUUAUGGUGCACCGGGACCAUCAGCUACUACUCCCUUGGUAAAUGAAACCCAUGCAAUUAGUGAUGAUGAUGAAGAAAGUGAUGCUGAAGACUUCUUUAAGCCAAAAGGAGAACAAAGCAAGAACUUAGGUGGGGCAAUUAAUGUGGGAUAUGUCAACGCAGAUGACUGUUCAAGAUUUGUAAAUUAUGGAAACCUGAAAAAUUGGAAAGAGAAAGAAGACUGUGAGAUCAUUCGUAAUCGAUUCACCACUGGUGAUUGGUCAAAAGCUGCUCUGAGAAAUCAAAACUCAGUUGCUGACAAUGAAGGAGAAGAUGAUGAGCUCUAUGGUGAUUUUGAGGAUCUAGAGGAGGCAGGAGAGAAGCAUAAUAUCGAUGAGAACAUGGAGUCUGAAGUAGUUGAGCGUAGUCUUAAAAAGCUGGCUCUCCGAGCGAAGUUUGAUGCGAACAAUCCCAUUUAUAGUGAAGCCAAGGAACUUGGAUACGUUGAUAAAUUGAAGGAGGAGCUUGAAACUAGAAAACAAAUGAACAUGUUAGAGCUCAAUGACCUUGAUGAGGAUACUCGAAUUGAGGUAGAAGGUUUCCGGACUGGAACAUACUUGCGUCUAGAGAUUCACAAUGUUCCUUGUGAGAUGGUCGAGUUCUUUGAUCCGUGCCAUCCAGUUCUUAUCGGAGGUAUUGGUUACGGCGAGGAUAAUGCUGGAUACAUGCAGGCACGGUUGAAGAAACAUAGGUGGCAUAAGAAAGUACUGAAGACAAGAGAUCCCAUUAUUGUGUCUAUUGGAUGGAGACGCUAUCAGACUGUUCCUGUGUACGCCAUUGAGGAUCGCAAUGAUAGGCAUCGAAUGCUCAAGUAUACUCCGGAACACAUGCACUGCCUUGCUACGUUCUGGGGUCCUCUUGUCCCGCCCAACACAGGCUUUGUCGCUUUCCAAAACCUGUCAAGCAAUCAGGCAGGAUUUAGGAUAACAGCCACUUCUGUUGUUCUCGAGUAUAGUCACCAAGCCCGUAUCGCAAAGAAAAUCAAGCUGGUUGGUCACCCAUGCAAGAUCAAGAAAAAAACUGCAUUCAUCAAAGACAUGUUCACUUCUGACCUUGAAAUAGCUCGAUUUGAAGGUUCAUCUGUCCGGACAGUUAGUGGCAUUAGAGGACAAGUUAAAAAGGCUGGAAAAAACAUGCUCAAUAACAAUGCACAGGAAGGGAUCGCGAGGUGUACAUUUGAAGAUCAAAUAAAAAUGAGUGACAUAGUCUUCUUAAAGGCUUGGCCGACAGUGGAAGUUCCACAGUUUUAUAAUCCUCUAACUACAGCCUUGCAGCCUCGGGAGAGGACGUGGAGAGGGAUGAGAACGUUUUGGGAGCUUCGCAGGCAGCAAAAUAUUCCUAUUCCGGUGAAUAAAGAUUCACUAUACAAGCCAAUUGAAAGGAAGAUAAAGAAGUUCAAUCCAUUGGUGAUAUCAAAGAAACUACAAGAAGAGUUACCGUUUGCUUCCAAACCCAAAAAUAAACCAGGGCGAAAGAGACCGUCACUAGAUGCUAGAAGAGCUGUUGUAAUGGAGCCGGGAGAAAGAAGAGCUCUUGCUAUCGUUCAACAGUUGAAGCUGAUGAAUAAAGUCAAGAUGAUUAAGAGAAAAGUAAAGGAGCAGGAGAAGAGGAAAGCGUAUGAGGCAGAGAAAGCUAAGGAGGUAAUCUCUAAGAAACGUAACAGAGAGGAGAGACGUGAGAGGUAUCGUACUGAAGAUAAUAAACAGAAGAAUAAGAAGAUGAGACGAAACCAAGAUUAAUACAUUUUUAUUUUGCUAAGACCAAGAUUACUACAUUUUUCUGAUCUCAAACUAGUGUUGCUUCAAACUUUCAUGUCAUUUAUUUAAAGGAAAAAAAAAACUAACUGAAAUUAGAUUGGAAAUGAAGCUAGAUAUCGAAUUACUCUAUAAAUCAUUUGGAUUUGCAUAUUGUAUGAUUGUUUUUUUCUUUCAAUUGUUGGUCUAGUGAUAUACUCAGAAUUUUAAAUUCAACUGCCAAAAGGCCGACAAGUAUGUAUAAAAUUUGUGACAAAACCAAAAAUCACAUGCAUACUAAUAAUAUACGAAGCUUCUUUAAUCAGCUUUCAUGAUGGUGGGAUGAUCAAAAUAUCCUAAACAAUCUUCCUCGGCAAACACAUUAUUUUUGUUAAAGAGUAUAGAGUCUUAUUCUGUCAUGCUUUUCUAUUUGUGAAAGUGAUAAAUAUUCUAUAAAAUAUUUGGCACACUUACUUUAUUUAGCAGUAUCAAAUAAGUCUCUAAUGUGAUGUUCCCAAAAAU